CGCUUCUCUGUCUUUUUUAUGCUAUGACGAGAACAGCUGCAUAUAGUCCGAUUAUCGGUUUAUUCAAAGUAUUAUUUUAUUAUUUUCCCGCUUUUUAAAUUUUGAAGACCAACCUAAAGUGAUCAUGAUUUAUUUGCCUUCGUAUUUCAUGUAUCGCAGUCGGACGACUACAACGCAGUUAACAUGGAAGACUGUGGUUUUUAUUCUCUGUGUGUACGCAAUGGAUGUCGUGUUUUGCCAAGCGCGAUAUUCUAUCCCGGAGGAGAUGCCAGAAGGCUCCUUUGUAGGCGACAUCGCCAAGGAUUUGGGAAUAGAGAUAAGUAGACUAAUUUUGGGAAAAGCUCGGGUUGUAACAAAGGGUGGUCGGCAGUAUGUGGACCUGAGCAGAGACAAAGGCACUCUGGUAGUGAAGGAGAGGAUAGACCGAGAGGAGCUCUGUAAGCAAACAACGCCCUGCAGCUUCAGCUUUGAUCUCAUCAUUGAAAACCCCAUACAGCUCCAUCGCGUCACCGUUGAAGUGCAAGAUAUAAAUGACAAUGCACCGAUAUUUCCUAAAAGUACCGUCACUUUGCAAAUUAGCGAAACCACGGCAUCUGGAACACGUUUUCCUUUGGACAGCGCUGUGGAUAUGGACGUGGGUAUAAAUGGAAUUCAAAGCUAUGCUCUCGGUAAUACUAAUCACUUUAACAUAGAAAUAAACACACAGGCUGAUGGCAACAAAUAUGUAGAAAUAAUAUUGCAGCAUGAGCUAGACCGAGAAGAACGUAGUGAACUUACAUUAGCACUCACUGCAUAUGACGGGGGCUCACCUAAGAAAUCCGGUGCCGUUCGAAUUCAGAUUUAUGUAUUAGACGUUAAUGAUAACGCCCCGGUGUGCAAACAGCUUCUAUACAAAGCGGAGGUAAGGGAGAAUUCUCCAGUUGGCACGGUCUUAACGACAGUAAACGCCGCUGACGCUGAUGAAGGAAUAAAUGGACAAGUGUCAUAUUCUUUUGCGCAGGCAAGUAAAGAAGCCAGGGAUGUUUUUGAGAUUAACGCGGAAACAGGGGAUAUUACAACGUUGCACAGUUUAGAUUACGAGACUGAAAAGAGUUAUCAAUUAAAUAUCAAAGCAAUGGAUAAAGGAGGUCUUGCAGAUACGUGUAAAGUUGUCAUAGAUGUUAUUGAUGAAAACGACAAUUCCCCCACCAUACAGCUCAUGUCGUUUACAAACACACUUCCUGAGAAUUCUCCACUAGGAACAACCGUAGCAAUUAUUAAUGUAGAGGAUGCAGAUUCUGGUAAAAACGGGCUCGUGCAAUGCGCAAUAAAUGAGAAUAUACCGUUUAAAAUACAGCCAUCGCUUACUGAUUACUACGUGUUACUUACGGAUGAAAAUCUUGAUCGAGAAAGCAUAGCUGAAUACAACAUAACCAUUCUGGUAUUUGAUCAAGGAAUCCCUGCUCGUCACAGCAAUAAAAAGUUAAAUGUUAAAAUAUCCGAUAUAAAUGAUAAUCCUCCCGUAUUCGAUUUUGAUGAGUAUAGAACGUAUGUUACCGAGAACAACUCUCCGGGUGUGGCUGUAUUGACCGUUAAAGCCAGCGACGCUGACUGGGGGCCAAAUGCCCGAUUGUCCUAUUUUGUGGAAGAUCGUGAAGUACAAGGAAACCCAGUAAAUUCAUUGGUUUCGAUCAAUUCAGAUAGCGGCGUUAUACAUGCUAUCAGAGUCUUUGAUUAUGAACAAAUGAAGACUUUGACCUUUAACGUAACAGCAAGAGAUGGAGGGUCCCCUCCUUUAAGAUCUGAAGUUAAGGUGACAAUCAUUGUUCAAGAUCAGAAUGACAACGCUCCUCAGGUUCUCUACCCAGUACAGACUGGCGGCUCUCUGGUGGCUGAGAUUGUGCCUCGUUCAGCAGAUGUUGGCUAUCUUGUCACUAAAGUGGUGGCUGUUGAUGUGGACUCUGGACAGAAUGCCUGGCUCUCCUACAAACUACAGAAAGCCACAGACAGGGCGCUGUUUGAAGUGGGUCCACAGAACGGAGAGAUACGAACUGUGCGCCAGGUCACUGAUAAAGAUGCUGUGAAACAAAAGCUCACUGUUGUUGUGGAGGAUAACGGACAGCCCUCUCGCUCAGCUGUAGUUAACAUUAAUGUAGCUGUAGCGGACAGUUUUCCUGAAGUGCUCUCGGAAUUCAAUGAUUUUAUGCAUGAAAAGCAGUACAAUGACAGCCUGACAUUUUAUUUAGUUUUAGCACUCGCUGCUGUUUCGUUUCUUUUCAUAACUUGUUUAGUUGUAAUAAUAUCAGUGAAGAUAUACAGGUGGAGACAAUCCCGCAUCUUCUAUCAGUCCAAUCUCCCAGUCAUUCCGUACUAUCCACCAGGUUAUGCAGACGCAGGAGUUACUGGAACUUUGCCGCACAUGUACAAUUAUGACGUGUGCAUGACGACUGAUUCUAGAACAAGUGAUUGCAAAUAUUCUACACUUGGUGGACAAAAUGUUUUAGUGGUGGAUUCAAGUUUCGCGGAGACUAUGGAACGCAAGACGAAGAAAAUGGACUUCCUGGAAAAUCCAGAUUCGCCAGAAAUGGUAGGAAAAUUGAUAUUUCAGUAUCGCAGUUUGACCCUCUUUUGUUUCUAA